UGGUUUUUAUAUCAAACUGAAAGCGAAGUGAGGUGGACAGAGCGAAGCAGACUUUUAGCAGGAAACUCAACCUGACCAGUAAAAGCGCUGUCAUCGUUUCUGCACUUCACAUCGCAGAAGAAAAAACUGCCCCUGGAACUAACUGUAACGUCCAUAAUAAAGUCAACAAAUGCAUCGACGCCAGGGAGAGGUGGAGCUGGAGAAGAGUGUAAGGCGACUCAGAGAGAAGUUCCAUGGCAAAAUCCCUGUUGACAAGGCGACUGUUCUCAUGCGUCGCUAUAGCAACAACCACAGAAUUGUGGCCAUGAACAUCAUACUGAUGAAAGACGAGGAACUGGAUGAGGAGGACAGAGAGAGCCUGCGGACAGACGCGGAUGUGAGGAAUGUGGUGCGGAGACUGGAGGCUGAGGAGCAGGAGCGGGCUGCACCCCCCACCACACCCCCCGCCCCACCCCCAACACCCCCCCCACGCUAUCAGCCCGGUGCAGGCCGUGUGGCCCAACAGGACCGGGACAUCAAGGAGCUCGGUGAGAGGCUGAGGGUUCUGCCGCUGACGCAGGAGAACCUGCACAUGUUUGAGCACGCGCAGCAGGACCACGCCCCCUCCGUGCUGCACCAGUUCGCCUGCCACGCCUGCGACCUGGACUGGUGGCGCCGCGUCCCGCAGAGGAAGAGGGUGUCCCGCUGUCAACAGUGUAAAAGGAAGUAUGAUCCUGUCCCUGCUGACAAGAUGUGGGGCCUUGCGGAGUUCCACUGCCCCACCUGCAUGCGGGUCUUUAGGGGGUUUGGCCGGAUGGAUGUGGGGUCUCCCUGCUACACCUGCCGUUCCAUCAUCACCCCAACACAAAUUCUGCCCCCCCGACAGAGACGGGGUGGUGCAGGACUUAGGAGACAGAACCCACACAGCUGCCUGGCGGAGGACUGCUACAACCGGCAGGAGCCUCAUGUUCCUGGGACAGAGUGUGUUCACCCUCGCAGUCGUCAGCAGAACCGCAAACCCCGUGUAGUGAACCCCAGCCCCGCCCACGUGAGCUCGGGUUCGACGGUGAACACAUGUCUGAGUCAGGGCAGCAUUGUGGACUUGUACCAGCUGAUUCUGGAGGACAUCUUGGAGGAGGGGGAGGGUCAGGGGGAGGGGGGCAGCGGGACAGAGGAGGACACCAGCACCAGUGACACCAGCUAAAACUAGCUCCUCCAGAGCAGGGACUGUGUAAAAGGUUCUGUUGUUACUGCGCAAACGGGUUUGGGUUCUGUCUGAAUGGACACUGUUCCUCUUUCACUGUUGAACAAAAUGCCGCUGGACUGAUGUCAGUUUGCAUUGCUUGCAGUCCUUGUUUAUGUUAUCACUUAUUUCAGAGCCCUGAGCGAUUAUUCUCUUUCUCCUGAUAUAGAGGGAUUCAGCUUUAAAUGAUAUGAAAUCAAGACAAUUACUUACUCAACUUUGCAGACAAACUCGGCUGAAUCAUGCAUGGCGCUCCUCUUGUGGUUUUUCUGCCUCUCCCUCUCUCUCUCUCUCUCCAUCUCUCCCUCUCUCUCCCCCCUCUCUCUCC